AGGUCCUCUAUGUAGACCACGAAACAAAAGUGAUUUUUCCACAGAGAAAGAAAUAGGUAAAAGCUGUGCAGCACUGUGGAAACAGGUGAAAGAUGAAAGAGAUUUGAUACUACUGUGGUUCUUUAUGCAUGUUCGUUCUCAGACUGCUGCAAAAUUCUCAAAGGAGCUCAAGGCUAAGGAAGGAAACAGCCACAAGCAGAUGUGCGAUUUCUGUCCACAGCACACUAGACAAAGAUGAAAAAAAGUGAAAGAAUAGAGAAGAGGAAAAAGGAACCAUAUAAAAUGACAGGUCACACUGAAGCCUGCAGCUGCAUACAGUGUGGUUCAAUGAAUAAGGAGGCAUGAUGACAUCCAAUAAAAACUUUAAAGCACCUUUAAAACAGCUGAGCAGCCUGGACAGCUACAUAAUCGACAACUCUCAAAAGAAGAAAAACAUACUAUGGCGACGACGUUCAUUCAGCAGUGCCAAAAAUUCGAAUACUGAAGAGAUCAAAGAUGGGACAUUAUCACGCAGUAAGCUGCACAGAACACACUCUGCAUCUCUAGUGGAUUAUACUGAUCCUCAGAGAACCAUGGUUAUAUUGGAGAAACAAGACAAUGAAGCCUUUGGAUUCGAAGUUCAGACAUAUGGUCUCAAGGUGAAGAACAGCAGUAUGGUGGAGAUGUGUACAUUUGUUUGCAGUGUGCAGGAUGGCAGUGCAGCCGAAACUGCAGGUUUGACUGCUGGUGACAUUAUACUGUCAGUAAAUGGAGUCAGUAUUGAGGGAUCUACCCACCAGCACAUUAUUGAGUUGAUUCGAGAAUCCACUAACAUGCUGAAGCUGGAGACGGUCAGUGGGAAUGUUGUGAAGAGAAUUGAAUUAGAGAAAAAGAUACGCUAUCUUAAGCAAACUCUUCGUGAGAAAUGGGUGGAACUGCAAUCUCUCACACUUCAGGAAAAGCGUCUUACUCGAGGUAAUCUGAAUGAGAGUGCUCAGCAUCCAUCUGUUGACUCUCUGCUGUCUCUCUCAUCUCCAACUGGCCGCGCUGGGCAUCGUUUUUCUAGUGACAGCAGUUGCCGCAGCAUAAUGACAGAUGAUAGUGAGGAUGCAGCCUUCAUGUCAUCAGUAUUUGAUGACUCAAGUCCGUUCAGCCCAACUGAGCCAAAUGGAGGCUUCUUCCGGUUGGAAGGAGGAGCUUUGCGACCCCUGACAAGAACACGCAGCAUUAGCCUGACCAGCAGUAACAGUUCACUCUCGCCGAGCUGGGAAAAUUCAUCUUCAUCCAUGUUUGGGACACUGCCAAGGAGAGGCAGAAAAAGUAGUGUCCGCAAGCACCUUCUAAAGUUCAUACCUGGACUGAAUCACUCCGUAGAGGAAGAAGAGGGUAACUAAAACAUAAUUUCUACCACCACUGACUGCUGAUCUGAUGAAUACUUUGUAAGGACCUUGGGCGGUGGGAGAGUCAUACUAGUUUGAACUCUUCUGUUCUCAAAACGUUCUAGAAUUCAUGCCAUCCAAGAACUCAUUAGCAAUUAUGACUUUCUUGCUUAAAGUGUUGAUGAAAAGAAGGGUUGAAUCUCACAUGAGCAUUACGGACUGCAUGGCAGCAAUCUUUGUAUUAUUUUCUGCCUUUUUUUUUUUUUUUUUUUUGGCAAGGGACCAAAGCAUUAUGACUUUCCCCAAGAAAUAAACAACUGGCAUUAACCAAACCUUGGAAAGUGUAUGCUGGAAUGCAAAUGCAUUGAGAGAAUUGUGCACAUUGCCUCCCUCCAUUGCUCUAUUUGAGUGGUUUAGAUUUCAGUCCCGCAAGCUCAUGAAUGUGUCCUAGUUCCCACUUGAUCUUGUAACUAAUCAAGAACUCAUAGUCUCAUAUCUGAUAUGUGUAUCUUAUAUCUAUAGAUCUCAUAUCUGUUGUAGCAUGCACAUGUGAGGGGGCUUAGUGGUUGAAGACUUAGGGGUGGGUGGAAGCCCUAACUCUGCAAAGGCUUGUUGCUUCUUAAUGUAAUUUUGGACUUAACACAAUCCAAGCGUUCGUUACAUUUGCAGUCUUCAAAAGCCAAUUUUCUCAUUUAGAUCUACAGUCUUGAUGAAUCAAGAAUCUGAAAAGAACAGGCUACCUAAAUAUUAACAUAUCUGGUUUACUACUGACUAUGGUUUUCAAUGAAUACUUCAAACCCAUUAAUUUAAAAUGGGAUGUUGCAUUGCAAGACAUUUGAAGGUAACUCUGAGAUUUGUUACCACAAGAGCAACAUAAUAAAUGAAUGUUAUGUAUAUCCAGGGGGUCCUUGAGAAUAUGUAUGUGGCUUAAGUGUCUACUAAAUGACAAGUAACCAGUAUGAUUUGUUUGCCUGCAUGCUUACUCUGCCUAGUAACCAGAUUGUACAGGUACUGUAAGUUUAGGGUUGAGGUUAAAGCGUCUUGCAUUCAUCUUGCAAACUUAACGCAUUCUCAUCCAUCUCAGUUAAGUGUUUUUAUAGGUAGUUAAAUGUUAAGGUUUGAUAGUGUUGUUUCAGGGCCAACAGAUUUUUUUCUGCUUGACAAAAUCCAUCAGGCUCUCACCAAAAACAGACACUGAAAUUACACAACAAUUGAAUAAUGCACAAAAUUAUUUUGCUGCGCAUCAAAAUCUCAUAAUUAGAAACAAUUCAUUUUAAAGAAUAUUUAAGACAAUUUAUAGUCAAUGCUAUUAUAUAGAGUAUGAUUUUUUAUUUAUACUCUGUCAGAAUUGAAUCCUUAUCUCAGAUUAGUUUAGAUCAAAACUUUAAAUCAUUGACUGCAUGAAAAAAGACUGCUCUGUAGUGAGUGUUUAACAUUAAGUGCUGACUUGAAAAGACUGUGAUGACAUGAGAGACAGAGCUCCAAACCACAGCAGGUAUAGAGAAAUUCAUAACAGGAUGUGGUCUGAUGGAGGUGCUACCAUACCACCCUUUUUUUCUUUCUUUCUUAAGUGAUCCCUGUAACAGAAAGUUUUAUUUAAACUAAAUUUAAAUUAAAUAACACAAAUAUGUAUUAAUAAAUAAUUAAUAUAUUUAAACUAAAUUUGAAUAUAUUAAUAAUUUAUUAAUUAUUUUCAAUUUAUAAUAAAUGUGAAAACCAAUGUUUGGCAUGUGUUUCUUUAUAUUUCUUUCUUUCUUGAAUUUGUAUUUAUUUAUUUACCUUAAUGAUCAUACUGAGGGGGACAUUCUCAUCAAUAAAAAACAACAACAACAACAACAAUAAACAAACAAAUAAAAA